AUGGCCGUUAACAUGCAUAUAAAGGAUCCAGAGAAUGUAGUUCCUGAAGAAGAAGAAGACGACGAAUCCCCAAUCGAACAAGUUCGUUUAACCGUAUCGAACGACGAUGAUCCGUCUCUUCCAGUAUGGACAUUCCGAAUGUGGUUCUUAGGGCUCUUUUCCUGUGCACUGCUCUCGUUUCUCAACACUUUUUUCAGUUACAGAGCUGAGCCAUUGGUGAUAUCGAUGAUUACUGUCCAGGUGGCGACGUUGCCGAUUGGUCGUUUAAUGGCUAGGGUGUUACCGAAGAGGAAGUUUACGAUUAAAUCGUGGGAGUUUUCGUUAAAUCCAGGGCCGUUUAAUGUGAAAGAGCAUGUAUUGAUUUCGAUUUUUGCCAAUGCUGGCUCUGCUUUUGGGAAUGGACCUGCUUAUGCUGUUGGGAUUGUUGAUAUUAUCAAAGCUUUUUAUUUCAGGAAUAUCACCUUUUUGGCUGGUUGGAUUCUUGUGGUUGCCACUCAGGUUCUGGGAUAUGGCUGGGCAGGGAUUAUGAGGAAGUAUGUGGUAGACCCUGCAGAAAUGUGGUGGCCAAGUAGUCUAGUUCAAGUUUCUCUUUUCAGGGCUCUCCAUGAUAAAGAAGGGGAAGGCAAAACCUCAAGAGGGAAAUUUUUCUUAGUUGUACUAGCUUGCAGCUUCAUAUGGUACAUUGUCCCUGGUUUCCUCUUCCCAACAUUGUCAAACUUAUCUUUGCUCUGUUUGGCCUAUCCCAAAUCAGUGGUAGCCCAGCAACUUGGUUCAGGCAUGAAGGGUCUUGGAAUUUUAUCCUUCACUUUUGAUUGGGCAGUUAUAGCAUCAUAUCUUGGUAGCCCUUUAGUUUACCCCUUUUUCGUCAUUGUCAAUGUCAUAGUGGGCUAUAUUGGAGUAGUUUAUAUACUUAUUCCAGCUUCCUAUUGGGGGUUGAACCUCUACAAUGCCAAGAAUUUCCCUCUAUUCUCCUCAGAGCUAUUUGAUGCCCGGGGGCAGAUAUAUAAUGUUACAGAGAUUGUUAAUGAUAAGUUUGAGAUAGACAAGGUAUCAUAUGCACAGCAUGGACGCAUACAUCUCAGCAUGUUCUUUGCUGUCACUUAUGGCCUGAAUUUCGCAGCUGUUAUGGCUACUCUCUCUCAAGUUGCUUUAUUCAAUGGAAAGGAAAUAGUUCAGCGAUUCCGAGCCUCAUACAAAGGAAAGCCUGAUAUACACACAAGACUUAUGAUGAAAUAUAAGGACAUCCCUAACUGGUGGUUCUACCUCACGCUUGCACUUUCAUUGGCUUUGUCGCUUGUUCUAUGUAUCUUCAUGAAAGAUCAAGUUCAGCUUUCGUGGUGGGGGCUUCUCCUUGCAGCCUGUCUUGCUUUGAUAUAUACCCUACCAAUAAGUGUCAUAACAGCCACCACAAACAUGUCACCAGGAUUAAAUGUGAUCACGGAAUAUGUAAUUGGUAUGAUAAUUCCAGGGAAACCAAUAGCCAAUGUCUGCUUCAAGACUUUUGCCUAUAUGAGUAUGAGCCAGGCUGUUUCUUUUCUCCAAGAUUUUAAGCUUGGUCAUUACAUGAAGGUUCCUCCAAGAUCAAUGUUCAUCGUUCAGCUAGUUGGAACCAUACUUGGUGGUACAAUCAAUAUGGGUGUUGCGUGGUGGCUACUUAAUAGCAUUGACCACAUAUGCCAACCUAACUUGCUUCCUCCCAACAGUCCAUGGACCUGUCAGAGCGAUAGAGUCUUUUUUGAUGCAUCAGUUAUCUGGGGAUUAGUAGGACCGCGAAGAAUAUUCCUAGGCCUCGGAGAAUAUAGUGCCCUCAAUUGGUGCUUUAUUGGAGGUCUUGUGGCACCCUUUCUGGUGUGGUUGCUACACAAAUCAUUCCCAAGCCAAAGUUGGAUUGAAUUGAUCAACAUUCCAGUACUUCUUGCAGCUACAGCCAGUAUGCCUCCAGCAACAACAUUGAAUUUCAACAGCUGGAUUAUCGUUGGAACAGUGUUCAAUUUCUUCGUUUUCAGAUACAGAAAGCAAUGGUGGCAGAGAUACAAUUAUGUCCUAUCUGCAGCACUAGAUGCUGGAGUGGCUGUAAUGGGAGUGGUUCUGUUUUUCUGCGUUACUGUUUGGAAUGUUAACUUCUCUUGGUGGGGAACUGGUGGAGAGUAUUGUGAUUUGGCUUCUUGUCCCACAGGCAAAGGCAUUUUUGUCGAUGGAUGUCCUUUGACCUAAUUCUAUUAGGUUUUUGU